AUGUACCGGGAGAUAAAGGGCAUUUACAAUUGGCUCGCGUCGUUCGCGAUCAGUGGCACGCGGGCAGUGAGCGGUUCCAGACCGGUACGGGCGUUACAGUGCAGCAGACGAUACCGGACCCAUUCCGUUUCCGGACUAGACGCGACAAUGGUAAAGACCGGCUCGGGUGGAGGUUCUUCGGCCGCUUCCGGGCGGGUAGUGCUUAGCCGCAAGAACACUGGCAUAGAUCCGGUGGUGGAGGAGUUGAGACGUGUGAGGGAGGAAAACGCACGCCACAAACAGUACGACUAUUCGCACGUGUUUAGGAAAAAAACGCUGCUCGAUUUCGUCCGGCUGUCGUUUGUGAUCAUGGGCAUCGAGAUUGUCUACUCGGCGGAGACAGCUUUCGUGACACCGAUUCUGCUCGGCAUCGGCAUCGAACAUCAGCUGAUGACGAUCGUCUGGGGAAUUUCGCCGCUCAUCGGCUUCAUCGUCUCACCGUUUCUGGGCACGUUUAGCGAUCGAUGCCGGUCCCGUCUAGGUCGCCGUCGACCGUUGCUGCUGGUGCUCGGAAUGGGACUGGUGUUAGGAUGUCUUCUGCUGCCAUUUGGAGAGACGAUAGGACAUUGGCUGGGUGACAUAGGAGAGACUGGAGAGCCAGUUAUAAACAACACCGUCACAAUCGAUCGUAAUUACAAUCCAUACCAAUCAUCAUCGUCUGGUGCUAGCACGGAGCAUUACAAAUGGGCGAUAGUGGUCACCAUCCUCGGUACGAUACUGUUAGACUUUUGUGCCGACUCUUCACAAGCACCAUCCAUGGCCUAUCUGUUGGAUGUGAGUCUUCCUGAGGACCACGGUCAAGCCUGCAGUACCUACUCACUACUGUCCGGAGUUGGUGGAUGUAUUGGCUAUCUAAUCGGUGCCAUCAACUGGGAUGGUACAGCACUGGGAGAACUUCUCGGCGGCAACAUCAACACCGUCUUCAUCCUGGUGACGGUAAUAUUUGCCCUCUGCCUCUGUGUGACCGUGUGUAGCUUUCGAGAAAUUCCAUUACCACUGAUGGAACAGGAUGAGCAACUACAACCGCUCACCGAACGUAUAAUAGCUAAAGAGCGACAUCGACGCGCCACCGAAAAGAAUCUUCUUCCGAUGAAAAACAUAGCAGACUCACUGUUACUUCAGCUUGACAGUGAACAGGAUCCUCGAGAGCUUGAAGAACUGUCCACUUCCAAUGGAACCGGCGACAAAAUUCCCCUCCUCAGUCGAUUUCUAGAGGAGAAGGAACAGCGUUCGAAUCAUCGAUCCGCAAAGGAGUUCCUAAAGACCACCUUUCGGAUACCGUCGACACUUGGAAUACUUUGCUUGACGAAUCUGUUCUGCUGGAUGAGCCACAUCAGCUAUUCGCUCUACUUUACGGAUUUCGUUGGGGAAAAUGUGUUCGGCGGUGAUCCCAUGGCACACUCCGAUUCGGAAGAGUACGCCCUCUACAUCGAAGGAGUCCGGUAUGGAUGUUUCGGGAUGGCAAUAUACUCGAUAGCCUGCUCGACGUAUUCGUGUACGAUCGAGCGAAUGAUAAGACUGUUUCGGGCACGUAACGUGUACAGCGGAGGACUGUUGAUCGAUUUUCUCGGCAUGCUGUGUAUGGCCAUGUUCCCGAACAAAGUGACGGUGUACGUGUUUAGCGUUACGGGUGGAAUUGUGGGCGCUCUGCUCUUCACCAUGCCCUACAUUAUACUGGCAAAGUAUCACGCGAAAGGAUUGCUUGACACGUCCAAUGAAACAAACCCAAUGCAACCACGACGCGGACUGGCGUCCGACAUUUCCAUCAUCGGAAGCAUGCUAUUUGUAGCGCAAAUCAUUCUCUCCCUGACGAUGGGUCCGCUGGUGACGUUAACCGGCACGACGGCAUCGGUCAUAUACACUGCAAGCGCUUGCAGUCUAAUAGCGUCGAUAUGUGCCACCCAGGUCCAGUAUCUGGAUCUGUAGUCGGGGUUGGGAUUAUGAAAGUGCAUUUAAG